AUGGAGAGCUUCCCAAAUGAGCUAUUCUCCACAUCAUCGCUUUUCUGUCGUGAACCCUCGAUCCGGGCACUAGCACAAACAAACGGCCCUCUUUACUCCAUUUGCUCCCCAUGUCUCUAUCAUAAUAACGUGUUGCAUGGUAAUAACACUGCAUUGGCCUGGGAAGCUGAGCAUGGAAAUAUCGUCACAUUGCAAAAGGCAUCAGAUGCCGGUGCUCCUUUACCUGCAAGUUCAGGUCCCGGCCCAACCACGUAUGGCCCUGUUGUGAACGCGUACGGCAAAAUCAUCCGAGAACGAGUCUACCAGGAUUUCCCGACCCGUCUUGCCUCUCUCGCCGCCAAGGGUGGCCACGAGGAGAUGCUUAGAUUCACGUUAUUGGCCCUCGCCGCUAUUCAUGACCAUACUUCGCUCGUUCGCUUCUUGCUCAGUCAGGGUGCUCGCCACAAUAUUCGCAGUCAUGGAAGCCACUGCCCUAUGUGGCGGGCGGCGUUCCAUGGGGAUGAAGAAAUUGUCGCUCUCCUCCCUGUAGAUGUGAAGAAGCGUUGGGCAGAUGGCUUUAUCGAGCAGAUUCAAGAUGGGCUUUGGGCUGCCAUGAUAGGAGGUCAUCAAUCAGGGGUCCAGUACUUGGUUGAGCGCCAUGACGCAGCAGUGAAUUGGUACUACGGAAGUUCCAACAUCCCAACCCUCAUCCUGCGAGCAGCUAAAGAUGGGAGGGCCGAUAUUGUACGGGUCCUUCUCCAGCUCGGGGCCGAAGUCAACGGUGGCUCGUUGCCUUCAGCAGCACGCAUCUAGAAGCCUCUGAUGGUGGCAGUAAGACAAGGCCAUUACGAGGCUGCUGAGAUCUUGGUACAGCGGACUCUUCCAAUUUUCUGCACAAGCGCGCUGGCACUAUGCGUGACAUAGCAACCUC